AUGGUUGCUGAUACUAUCAUUUAUCACCCAACAUUAACCAAAUUGGUUAAAUUCUGGGAUUCAACUCCAAAAAGAGAAAAGUCCUUUAGAUUAUUAGCCUACUUGUCACGUUUCUUGUCUUACUAUGCCUACAGAAAAGGUUACUCAAAGGAAACCAUAGAUAUGUUCAAAGGUCUCAAAAACCACUUUUCAUUCAUCAGAAAAGGUAUGAGAUUCUUUAAGCCAAUUCCUCAUUUACAAACAGCUGCUAAAGCUUAUGACAACCAAUUGAUGGAUCCUGUUUUGCAAGCUACUACAAUCAUUAGGAACUUGGGUUAUGCUGGAUACUUGACUAUUGAUUCAGUCGUAUUUGCCAAGAUGUUGGGUCUUGUUGAUUCCAAGAAAUGGCCAAACUUGUCCACCUAUGCCAGUAGAUUCUGGUUGUUGGGUUUGGUUGCUGGCAUCAUCCACUCAUUGAGAAUUAUCUCCCAAUUGUCUGGCUACAAGCGUGAUUCAACAACUGUAGCAACCGAUGAAAAGGCCAAGAUUGAUGAAAAAUCAAUUUCCAAACAAUUGUAUCAAGCCAAGAGAAAAUUGGUUUGGGACUUGUUGGAUAGUUUUAUUGCUUUGAACACCUUGAACUACUUGCACUUUACUGAGGGUGACGUUGGUUUGGCUGGUGUCCUUACUUCUCUUUUUGGAUUGGAAGAUAUGUGGAAAUCAACCACCGUUUAA